AUAGGGGGCGCUGUGGCGACAAACUCGGGUUCUGAAAGUGCAGCCUCCGUACUGCAGGAACUCGAGCAGGAACGUAGUAUUGUUGGACGUUAGUAUAAACACAAAGUGUAUAUCUGCGUUUGUCCAAGACUCCACCACUGCGACUUCUGGCAUUCCAUAGUCCAAUAACUACGAUUUACUUCUGCUGUUCAACUCUGUAAUUUUCUGUCUUUUGGCAGACUUUGCCACACCAAAGAUGGCGCCAUCGUCGUGCCGUUGUACCACUGAGCUCGUACGUGACACGAUGCGUCAGUCGUGCGUAAAGUUGUGUUGACAGGAGCGGUAGGAGUUGUCAGCGGAACAGCAGCAGCAGCCAGCAUCAUCGGAGCCGAAUGGAGUAAUCACAAAGAUUAUUAAUAUUCCAGACAGCGUUUCUGUUAUCUUUUAGAGGCACUGUUUACACCGUUCAAACAACGACACCAUGGCCGAAGACCAGUCCUCUCAAUCCUGGUCAAUCGACAGGGACGACUACGAGCUCAAUGAGGUGAUAGGAAGUGGAGCCACCGCAGUUGUCCAGGCAGCAUACUGCAAGCCAAGAAAGGAGAAGGUGGCCAUUAAACGCAUCAACCUGGAAAAGUGUCAAACUAGCAUGGAUGAACUCCUGAAAGAGAUCCAGGCUAUGAGCCAGUGCCACCACCCAAACAUUGUGUCUUAUUACACUUCCUUUGUGGUGAAGGAUGAACUGUGGCUGGUGAUGAAGCUGCUCAGUGGUGGCUCGGUGUUGGACAUCAUCAAACAUAUCAUCUCUCGUGGCGAACACAAGUGUGGAGUUUUGGAUGAGCCCAGCAUCGCUACCAUCCUAAAAGAAGUCCUGGAGGGGCUUGAGUAUCUUCAUAAAAAUGGGCAGAUUCACAGGGACCUAAAAGCUGGAAAUAUUCUUCUUGGCGAAGAUGGCUCAGUGCAAAUUGCUGACUUUGGUGUGAGUGCCUUUCUAGCAGCAGGAGGAGACAUGACAAGGAACAAGGUUCGGAAGACAUUUGUGGGGACACCUUGCUGGAUGGCCCCCGAGGUCAUGGAGCAGGUCCGCGGCUAUGACUUCAAAGCAGACAUCUGGAGUUUUGGGAUAACAGCCAUUGAACUGGCCACUGGGGCUGCACCAUAUCACAAAUACCCACCAAUGAAGGUGCUGAUGCUGACUUUGCAGAACGACCCUCCAUGUCUGGAGACCGGUAUCACAGACAAGGAAAUGGUGAAGAAGUAUGGCAAGUCCUUCCGGAAGAUGCUCUCCCUGUGUUUACAGAAAGAUCCAGAAAAAAGGCCAACUGCAGCUGAGUUGCUGAAGCAUAAAUUCUUCACAAAAGCCAAAAACAACGAGUAUUUGCAGGAGAGGCUCCUACAUAAAGGACCAACAAUAUCGGAUCGAUCUAAAAAGGUGCGUCGUGUGCCUGGCUCGAGUGGCCGUCUCCAUAAGACGGAGGACGGAGGUUGGGAAUGGAGUGAUGAUGAGCUGGAUGAGGAGAGUGAGGAGGGCAAAGCUGCUGUGGCAGCUCUGCGGUCACCCAGAGUGAAGGACGGGUCCCAGAGUCUGGAGCUUUUCACACCAGCAGAUGGCUCCACAGGACAUCUCCAGCCACCUGCUGUAGCGCCUGAGAGCCCUGCAAAUGUUGGCCAAACAGGAGAGGAUGCUCCAGCAGCGGCUCCUGCUCAGACAGCGAGCCCCUCACAUGCACCCGCUGCUCAGGAUCCAGCUGCAGCCAGCACCAGUGUUCCCAUCAGCCUCGUCCUGAGACUGAGGAAUUCCAAGAAAGAACUCAAUGACAUCCGAUUUGAGUUCAUGUCUGGCAGAGAUUCUGCUGAUGGAGUUUCCCAGGAGUUGGUCUCAGCAGGUCUGGUUGAUGGGAGGGACUUAGUCAUUGUUGCUGCCAAUUUGCAAAAGAUUGUUGAUGAUCCUCAAAAUAACAAAAAUGUGACUUUUAAAUUGGCAUCCGGUGUGGAAGAGUCUGAAAUUCCCGAUGAUGUUAAACUCAUUGGAUUUGCGCAGCUCAGCAUCAGUUAAGUCAAGCAGAGCCAGAAACAAAGGACAGAAAUUGAUGGUAUUGCACAGCUGCAUUGUAGUCAAUUCCAAGUAACCACUUCUGCCAAAGAGAUGAGGAGGAGAAGGAGGAGGAAGAUGAUGGGGAGACAUGAAGCUGGCAGGGUGUGACACUACUGCAGGAUGCAUGAGGACCACGUUGAGAGAAGGCUCAGUUCAUCACAGGAUUCACACUUGAAAUGUUUACAGUGCGCUUAUACAGUAAAUGGGAGAAGAGAUGCAAUCAACUAUAUCAAUUCCUAAUUUCUUUUUCUCCCCCCCCCCCCUUCCUCUUCAUACAUAAGCACAAUCCAAACCAUCUCCUGCCAGUACUGGAAGUGAUUGCCUUUAUUUUUUCCUUUUUAAAUCAACUGUGCCACAAAACUCAAGAGUGUUGUGCCACCUUCAUACGGCACUUUAUUAUACACUGAAAUUGAAAAGCGUAAAUCCAGCCUUAGUCAAACUAUGGGUUUUACCAGUGCGUUUAGUGAGAAAUUGAGUCAAUCUGUGACUGUUAGGUGUAUUUUGUGUAUACCUAUCCAAGAAAUUGAAGAAAAUCUCCCGGAACACUGAUGCAUAUAACUUCUAAACACACUUGUAGCAUAGCUUUAGUUUUGUAAUCCAAUACAUUCAGAUGGACUUUUACUUAAAAUAUAAGAAAAAUACCAGAUUCCUGUAUAAAGCUACUCAAUGUGGGUGAUGUGGUCGUUUUGUCAAAACAGAACCAAGAGUUUAGGCUCUGACAGCACCGCUGAAAUCAAUGAGAUAUACACAAAUCAACUGUAACUGCUCAGUCCCAUGACUGCAGUUCUCUGAUGGCGUUUUCCCGAGCUGUUCAAAGACAGGAUUAUUUUCACAGAUUGCGACCUACCUAAAAUUCUUAUACUAUGCAACAGAUACUUCCUUUUCACCGUACGUGACCACUGGUUGCUGAUAAUAUUUCUCUUGGGUUGAAUAAACCCACUUUUUGUGCUUGUUCCUCACAGUGAGUUCAUGAGGUCAACCAGCCAAACAAGAAGUGUUAGGAUCCUGCAGUGAGAGUAUACUUCAGUUUACACAAGCAGUUAUCAAAGUGAAAAUUUUCAUACGGCAACAGUCAGAGCCGCGGUAUUAAUUGCUGUUUUCUAUUUACGCUUAUAUGAGGUAAUUCUGCCUGUUUACUGUUAUCGAUCUUACAGCUGGGAAGAAUCCUGAAUGCUGGCAAUGAGAGUGAGCCCAGUCUGCUCGUGUUACAGGCUGACUGCUGAUGAACUUCUGUGGAGGAGAGCACACUCAAAAGCUGAAAAUAUUCUACCUAAUUGAAAUACAGUUUAAAUGGGGAGUUCAUCCAAAUUACAAAAUUAAUACAUAGAUUUGAAAAAUAAAUAGAUUGCUUCACUUGCCUCAAGUGAUACUUAGCCAGGCAGAUGGUUUUGGUCUUAUUUGCUGUGGAAUUGAGAUGCUUGUCUCAGAUUUUUGCCACCAGCCCAGUCAGUGGAGGCAACAUCCCUAAAGAAUGAAUCUCGCUGUAUUUAUAGCGCAACCUGCUGGUCAGAAUUUUCAGCCUUAGCUGCACUUUGUGCGGACUUCUAACUAGCUAAUGGCAUCAUGUUAACACCAACUAGCAGCCUGAAAAAUGAAGCUAGCUUGGAAGGAUCAGAAACUGCAGUUCCUUGAAUGGCUGCUUGAGGCUGGCUCCAAAGCAAGUCAGUCCCCAGAAGGCCCCAUGUUAAAAUGUCCAACUUGACAGCAAAAAUUAACAUGUACCCCACCUGGUACACAAGCCAGAUUUGGUCUCUAAAGCUAGUUUUUUCAUUCAUGACAACUUUGAGUCCUGAAUUUUUUUAUAACUCACUUGUUUGAAUGAAUGCGUAAAAAUAUACUAAAUGCAUAAAGAUGUACUAAAUUAAGAGCAAGGGCCCUCUGAAUGAUAACCAGAGCACUUGUGUAGAGAGAGUUGCAACAACGGAAGUUCAAAAUGCCAGUCUCCAAUAAUUUCUAGUUGGGCAAUUGAAAUGCAAUGCAUGAAUACAGAGAUACAGAAGUGAGAUUUUUGGCAGUUCAUAGAUAAUACCUGAUUGAUUGAUUGACAGAAAUGGGAUACUAGCAUUUGCUGCUGAUUUCGGAAAACUAUUGAGCAGCUCCCUGAUCUGCUAUUUCUUUAAAAAGAAUGGUCCAUUGGAAAAAAUGGAAAUGAUGUUAACUCUCUCUGCUCAAGAACUGUGAUGACAACUUGCCCAAAGUCAUCUAGCUAGCUAAGCUCCACCUGUGAUCGCUGCUGUAACCCCACUUAGAACUUUACAGUGGCUCUUCAGAAACCUAUAGGUGGCUUCAUGGAGAUGAGAGUGCAUCCAUGUUUUUAUGUAGUUUAUGAUUAAUUCGUUGAAUUGUGGAUUGAAGCAUUGUCACCCUGAACUAGUUGAUGUGCCUCGCACGAUUCUGUGGUGCCUAAGUAAAGCCUCAGAGAGCUGCUAGCUAGCACCACAAACAAAAUUCCAUUGUAUUGAUUUUGGCAAAUAAAACCAAAACUGUCGACAUGUCUUGAUACCACUAGAAAAUCUUUCACAUGUUGGGUGAAGUAACCCUGUAAACAUCUCCAGAGGCCAGUCAUUACUUUAAUUUUUAGUCACUAGGCAAGUUGUUUUGACAGUACUGUAGUCUGUUUGCUUUCUAAACACUCACCAACGAAUCACUGUCAUCACUCCAAGUGUAGCUGUAUGGUUGUUUUGUACCAUGUGCAAAGGGCUUGGAAAGAGCACCUAGUUCAGGUACUGAUGUAAAUGGUGUAUGUAAAGAUGUUGUAAAUGUACGUAUGAUGGCAACUCCAUGCACUGUCACACAAACAUCAUGAGGUUUGUAUGUAACGAUGUAGAUGCAUUGACUUUAAGUGUACAUGUCAGAUAAAAGGAGCAUUUUACUUGUAAAUAUUGAGGCAAACCGAUUGAGACUCAUCAUGUUCAGUAGACAGUUUAAUUUGUUUUGUAGUGUUUUCCCACUGUUGGCCUUUGUCAGAGCAUCACUAAUCAUGCACAAAUUAUUUGUCAAUUGGCACCUUAUUGAUCUGUUAACAUGCGUGUUUUUGGAAUUCCACUGGGCUUGUGAUCACACACUCUGUGCUUUGAUGUCAUGACGUACAUUUUUUUCUCACACCUGUCCCAAGGGUAAUGGAUGAAAUGUCAUUUUAAUAAGACGGACGGCACAGAUUACACCUCUCUCUUCCUGUGUGCGUGUGUGUGUAUGUGUGAUUUUGAUGAUAAAAUGAUUGAUCAUCAAAUGCUCAAUGUCACUUAGAGUUUCUAAAUUUCUUUCCGUUUUACUGUUUACUCAUCAGAAAAGCUUUCAUUCUGCCUCUUUAUGGGCUCACUGAAUUAGUAUUAAUUUAAUCUUUUGAUUGGCAAGUACACAUAUUCUUUUUUAAACUUUUUUUUUAUUUACAGAUCAUUACG